CCGUUCGUCCAGAUAAAAUUAUGGCUGGCAGAGCAUUAAUUGCACUUGAUGCAUUGAUCAAAAACAUGCCUGGUGUUACAGAAGACAGGGUAGAAUCACUAAAGAUCAUGUUACAAGAAGCAAUGAGAGGACGAUGGACAUCUAUGGACAUGAGAAUAGAUGACGCAGUAGAUCAAUUCAAUGAAAUCAAACGAAUGGCAUUUGAUGAGCGAAUAUUGCAUGACAGUAAACCACAAUAUCUAUACAGUUCUUCAAAGUCCAAAUCUGCAAAUUUUCAAAUAUCACCUCGACCACUGCCAAAACGACCGGCAUAUAUUGACGGAUUCACAUUGAAAAAUAAACCAUCAGACAAUGACGUUAUAAAUGGUGAAGGAACCGGAAGUAUGAACCAUAUGAAUACGAGGAUCAACAGAAACCCAGAUGACCCUCUAAAUAGAGAGUUUACGUUAGAUGUUAUAAGGUCUGGCACUAAAAUACCACCUCCAACAGGACAAGACCUGGUCAACCGAAACACGCUUAUAAAACAAGAGUUCAAAGACAUGAAAAGCAGAUAUAGUGAACUCCGGAUUCCUGCAACGGUUCCCGAAAUUUCAACACGUUCCUAUAUUCCAUCUCAGGUGCUAACAAACAACCCAACCAAAAUUGCUGAUCUAUUUACAAAACUGUUUGAUGUUGAAUGGGCUGAUGCUUUUGAACAAGUCUGCAGAAAUAGAAUCGGAGUACCUGAAGUGAAGAUAAUUGUUGAUUUAGCCGACAUAUUAAAGGCAAGUAAAGCGUUUGUAAAAAAAUAUAUUUCUCAUGUUAACAUGCCGCCAAAUGUAUUCACCGCCGUUUUUUCCUUCCUGUUAUUUGUAUUGUAA